AUGGUUGUUCUCUCUGAACUCCUCUUAGAAGAAUCUUCAUCCUCUUCAUCAACUAGUGGUUAUAGUCCAUCAACUCAUGGUCAUAGUUCAUCAACGGAUGCUUAUAGAUAUGACGUAUUUUUAAGUUUUAGAGGUCUUGACACUCGCCAUAGUUUCACUAAUCACCUUCAUAAGGCUCUCAUUGAUGCCGACAUCAAUACCUUCUUGGAUGAUGAAGAAGAGAUUGAAACAGGUGAAGAUCUUAAACCGGAACUGGAGAGUGCAAUUAAGGCAUCUCGAGCUUCUAUUAUUGUGUUGUCCAAGAAUUACGCUUCUUCAACAUGGUGCCUAGAUGAAUUGGUGCUGAUCCUUGAGCAGCGUAUGACAUCCAACCAGAUUGUCAUCCCAAUCUUUUAUCAUGUGGAGCCCACACAUGUCAGAAAGCAACAAAGCAGCUUCGGAGAUGCAAUGGCUAAGCAUAAACAGAUAAUGGAGGAAGAGACAAAUGCAUAUAAAAGAAGUCAAUGGGCUCAAAAGAUAGACCGAUGGAAUAAAGCGCUUAUAGAAGUUUCUAAUUUAAAAGGAAAGGACGUAAAAGGAAGGCUAGAGACAAAGUUCAUUGAAGAAAUUGUGAACGACAUCCACCGUAGAUUACAUGUACCCUUAAGGAUUGCUCAAUCAUUACUUAUUGGGAUGGAAUAUCAUAUUCACUUUGUUACUUCAUGGGUGAAAGAUGGGUCCUCACAUACUGCAGACAUACUCACUACUUUAGGUAUGGGUGGGAUCGGGAAGACAUCUUUAGCCAAACAUGUCUAUGGGUUAUAUUCUCAUGAAUUCCACGUAAGUAGCUUUAUUGAAGAUAUCACAAGGAAAUGUGAUGGAAAGUUUAAUGGGUUGCUUGAUUUACAAGAACAACUCUGCAAUGACAUUUCAAAAACAAGUUCAAUUAGAUUUCAUGAUGUGGCAAUAUACACCACAAAGAUAGAGAAUGCACUAGCCCGUAAAAGGGUCUUUCUAGUCCUUGAUGAUAUCACCACUAUUGAUCAGUUGGAUGCAUUACUUGGAAGCAAAGGUUUUCAUCCUGGAAGCAAAAUUAUAAUAACAACAAGGGACAGAUGGUUGACCGAGAGUUGUGCACUAUUCAAAACAAACAAUAAACCCAAGCAUGAAAGGCAUUUGCUUCUUGGCUUAGAUGAGAUCAAAUCACUACAACUUUUGAGUUUUCAUGCAUUCAUGUGCAACUAUCCCAAGGAAGGUUAUGAAGAGGUGUCAUAUAAGCUUGUGAAAUAUUGUCAAGGAAAUCCAUUAGCUCUUGUAGUUUUAGGAAAGUCUCUAUGUAAUCGAGAUGUAGCUUACUGGGAAGGGUGCAUAGAGAAGGGUUAA